CGUACUUGAAGAUGCAGGAAGAUAACGACGUCCACGUCGACGAGGGCAAAAGCAAAAAAAGGCCUUCUUUGGACGAACAUGUCCUCACCUUUCCACCUACGUCUGAUUCCACUUAUUCUAUUGGGUCACCUGAAGAAAUUCAAGUGGGUCGAUUUUAUAAAAUUGAUCAUUCUAACCUUCCAUUGAAUUGUCCAGUCCAACUAAAAUGUGUUAGCAUUGUAAUGGUCACUGACAAAAGAGACCAACAAGUAUCUCUAAGGUAUCCAAGCCUUCACUCUCUUCGUACACACUUCAACGACCAAAGCUUUGGAAAGCCAGGCGAGAAGAAAAUCCCAGCGCUCGACGAGAAGUACGUAAUGGGAGUCGAAUUCGCCAUCAAAAUGCUUUGCAGGAGCAUCACAACUGAGGAAUUGGCACAAAGAAGAAACUCAUGGAGCUUUUGGGCCUCUGCUACUAAAGAAAACUUUCAAAACCAUAACAGCCCAAUUAUCAAUGAUGUUGCUACAAGUUUGGUUUCCAAGCAAGGUUCAUGUUGGUCUCAGAUUAAGUUCAGCGGUAUGAUGCAGUGGGGCCAACGCCGGCAGGUUCGGUUCUUGGGCCGUCAUGAGGAACAAAAGGUUGAAUCUUUACAUGAACUUCAUAAGGAAAAAGGGGUUAUUUUUGAACCCGGAAAAGGGACUAAUCAGAAGAAGAGAAAACACAUUAAUGAAGAAGAAAUGGAGGCUGUCAAGGUAGUGCCUUAUGGGGUACCGAGGUUUACUCGACAAUGCAAGAAAAAUCACCAAGGUGUGAGUAGUAGCAGCGGGGCUAAAAAUUCUAAGAGAGUAUUAAAAGACCCAAAGAAGCAGCAACUCGUGGUUUUUGGCAAAAAAAAACGAAAAGUAUUAAUUGAUAGAUGGUCUACUGAGAGGUAUAAGUUGGCAGAGGAGAGUAUGUUGAAGGUUAUGAAGGAAAAAGGAGCUGUGUAUGGAAACUCAAUAUUGAGGCCAGACUUGAGAUCAGAAGCACGUAAGUACAUUGGUGACACAGGUUUACUUGAUCAUUUGCUGAAGCACAUGGCUGGAAAAGUGGCACCAGGAGGAGAUGAGAGAUUCCGACGGCGGCACAAUGCAGAAGGAGCAAUGGAAUAUUGGUUAGAGAGUGCUGAUCUUGUUGAUAUUAGAAAGGAAGCGGGUGUCCAAGACCCUUAUUGGACUCCUCCCCCUGGAUGGAAGCCUGGAGACAGCAUUUCACCAAAUCAUGUUUCUAGUAAAGAACUCAGAGAGAUAAAGGAAGAAAUAAUUAAAUUGAAACGAGGUAUGCAGGAGCUCGCAUCAAAAAAAGAAGAGGAAGCAUUGGCCAUUGUGACUACUCCUAGUUCUUGUUUGUCAAGUUUGAAUUUUGAGGACUAUGGUUGCCAAGUUUCUAUGCAGGAGAUUUAUGCAGGGCUGGUUCAUAAAAAGGCUAAAAUUGAAGAACAACUAAAAGAAAUUACUCUGGCUUUGGGUGGCAUGGAGGAGCAAUUGGGAAUGCUAAAACCAACAGUAGUAGAAGAGCCAAUAAUGUCAGGAUCAUUAACACCACCAGUAUUAUUGGCAGGGCCAACAAUAUCAUUGGCAGAAAACAUUGAAGAAGAGACCAGAGAGGAGGAGAAAGGUAAAAACGACAAAGAAACCAAAUCAGCAAAGAUACAAAGGCUGAAAAGUAGUUUUCAGAUUUGCAAACCAAAAGGGACCUUUAUGUGGCCAAAUAUGAGUUUGUCUCCCCAUGUUAUGGCCUACCUUGAUGAACAACACACUAUGGUCCCAACCCCAACCUCAGCUUCCUCUUCAACCACUUCAGCUCCCAAGUUUGUCUCCAAAUCCAUUCCUUACCCUUCUUCUCCUGUUAAGCCACUAGCAGAGAGACGCCCUGUGAGCACAGCUACUUUGACACAUGUUACUGGACCAAUUUCCCCUCAUAUUUCUCAUCCAUUAGAGACCCCAAAGUCCACACUUACAACCACUAUAACCAAGAAUGCGUUUUCUAUGAACCUCAAUGAGUUUCCUUUGGCCCAAAGGUAAUACUAGCAAAUCCCUGCUACAUACAUAUACUUAUAUAUAUUUGAAAGAAGCCACACCAUUUUGAGACUUGUGUUGGUAGAUUGAACCAACUUUCCAAUAUAGGAAGUAAAAUUAAUGUGGUAUAUGCUGAUAUAUAGUUGAAAGAAGCCACACCAUUUUGAGACUUGGGUUGGUAGAUUGAAACCAACAUUGCAAUAUAAGAAGUAAAAUUAAUGUGGUA